ACCGCCCGGAGCACCAUGGGCCCGGAGGGUUCCUCAGGCGCCGGACGCUGAAGAAGAUGACUGAUGCUGGAGCUCUCUUGAGUCAUGGCUUCUUCAAAGCUCCGAGAACCUGCUGAUGAGGUUUUUGACCUAGACUUGGCUGUGCCAGAGACGGUCAGACUGGACAGCAGUUUACACAAAGCCCGGGCCCAACUGCUGGCCAAGGGCCGUAGACAUCGGCCUUCCCGCUCCAGGCUUCGGGACAGUGCCAGCUCUGCGGAGGAUGGUGAAGGCUCCGAUGGGCCCGGAGGCAAGGUGACCGACGGCUGCGGGAGCCCCCUGCACCGGCUGCGCUCGCCUUUGCACUCGGGCCCAGGGUCUCCGGCCGUGGGCUCUUUCUGCCUGGAGCCUCCGGGGUUGCGGCGCAGCCUGGAUGAGGACGAGCCGCCACCGUCGCCNNGCACCAGAGCCAGGCUGCAUGAUCCUAAGUCAGGAGAAUUUCUACCACCUCACACUGGCAGCUGAAGGAGACAGACAGGCCACCACACAGGCUAUUUUCUCCCCCCUUCCCCAAAAGAUGACAGCCGGGAUGCCAGCCCACCUGAGCCCGCCAGCCCCACCAUCGGCCUGGACAAGAAGACUCGCCGGAAGUUCCUGGACCUGGGGGUCACCUUACGCCGAGCAUCUACUAGCAAGAGCCGGAAAGAUAAGGGCAGCAACCGCCUGUCCAUGGGCAGCAGGGAGUCGGUGGAAGGGUCCAGCAGGUCAGGGGGCUCCCCGUUCCUGCCCUUUUCCUGGUUCACGGACAGUGGCAAAGGCUCAGCGUCCUCCGGCAGCACCACCUCCCCUGCCUGCUCCCCUAAACAUGAGAGCUUCAGCCCUAAGAAGUCAGCUUCUCAGGAAUCCACCCUGAGUGACGACUCCACACCCCCCAGCAGCAGCCCCAAGAUCCCGAGUGGUUCCCGGCAGGAGGCCAAGUGUUCCUACCCCUACCACACGCUGUCCCAGUCUUCGGAUGAGUUCCUGGAUGAACCUCUCCCCACCAUCCACCACUGGACCAGUCAGCAGGUGGGCCAGUGGCUGCACAGCCUCAACCUGGAGCAGUAUGCUGCUGAAUUUGCUGCACGGCAGGUGGACGGCCCGCAGCUACUGCAGCUGGAUGGAAGCAAACUGAAGAGCCUGGGGCUCAGCAGCUCGCAGGACCGGGCCCUGGUGAAGCGGAAGGUGAAGGAGCUGGCAGCGGCUGCGGAGAAGGAGCGCAAGGCCCAGGAGAAGGCUGCCCGGCAGCGUGAGAAGCUCCGGCGCAGGGAGCAGGAGGCCAAGAAGAGCUAGAGGAGAGUGAGGCAGGCAUGGCACCCAGGCACGGGCAGCCACCGGGCAUGGCGGGCACAGGUCUCCCCAGGGAAGCAGAGCCUGGGCGCCAAGCUUGGGCUGGCCUGUCCCCACGCUCUCAGGGGGUACAUGCCCCCUCACCUUGUCCCUCUGUCUGGAUCAAGAUCCCUCAGAAAGGGAGAACCCAGGGAGAGGGCCCAGUAAUAAAUGGAUUUCAAGGACUCAUUUGGCACAGAGUUCCUGGGGGAGAUGGCAGAUUAUGGGGAGAGGGCAGAGAGGCCAGGGCUGAAGCCAGUCUGGGAGCCUGGAGGUACCUAGGUUAGUCUGACCCUCUGUCCUCAGGCCACAGUGGGCCUGGGGCUGGCAGUGAGCUAGCAUGCCUCCAGAGGCCCUGACAUGGGCCCAGGGUCUCAGGGCUCAAAGAGGUGGCUGAGCAUCUCGGCAGGUGUAGGUGGAUGGAGUUGUUCCUCUCUAGCUCUCCAAGGUGGCUGUGUGUGGGGGAAGCUCUGUUCUGUUCCCAGGGGGGCCAGUGGGCACCGCAACAAGCUGCACUCAGGGUAGACUCCCAGUCUACCUGUUCAACAGGAGAGCAGAGGAAGCAGCAUGGUUGUCCCAUGUGGUCCUUGCAGGACUUCAGGAGAAGGAAGGAUGAAACCCUCCUUCUUUUCCCCUUCCCUGUCCUGUGGUCCCAAUGAUGAGAUGACAUCCCCACAAGUCUGCCCCUCCUGGGGCCGUAAGGCCGACACCUUGGCCUGCUCUCUAAGGCAGGCCCACUUCUCCUCCUGCUGCCCUCUAGAGCACCUGAGCCCUCCCUAGGGACAGAACAAACUUAGGAGCUGGUAGAAACAAAGGACACCCCCUACCAAUGCCUAUGUGGGACUGAACUGGAGAAUCCUUACCCUAGCCAGGCAGAGGCAAGUCUAGGUCCCCUGGCAGCUGCUAGAAUGGAAGGGUCAGCCCUCCCCUAUCUGCCCAGGUCCCCAAUGGGCCUCAGUGAGCCCCAGAACUGGAAGACAGUGCCAACUCUGACUACAAGGAGGGGUGGGGCGAGCCCCUACCCCCAUGGGGAUGGAGUGUAUCCCAGUAGCCCACAGAUGGCAUCUGUCCUUGUAGGGAGGGAGCAUUUGGGGCUAUAAAACUAGCCCAGCUUCUGGGGCACUGGCCAGAGUUAACAAUGGGGCCAUGGGGCCUCUGAUUAGAAGCCCCCUCUACCUCCUCCCAUCUGCCUAGAGUGGUGGAUGGGACCCAGUGCAUGCCUACUCCGCUCAUUCCUGCCCAGGGCCCGUGGUUUGAGGGCCACCCCUGGCCCUUGGACCCAGCCCUUUGCUCUUUGCUGUCUGUGCUGGGAAAGGGGCUUCAGAGGGAAACUGAGAUAUGGGGGCAAUGGCACCACCUGGGCCCGGUGGAGGAGCUGGUGGGGAGGUUGAAAGGCACCCAGGUCCUUGAAACUAUCAGGAGCUGUAUGGGUGCCCACCUGCAUGUGAAGGGGGAGGCAGUACUCAAUUUAUUUCAAUAAACACUUAUGAUGUGCCAGUGA